GAACAGGUAGCAUUCUCGUCUGGUAGUAUAUACGAAUACGAGUGCAGAAAAAUCGGUAUAUUAUAUGGCACAGGCCGGGAGCUUGGGUCUUCGCCGGCUGAAUGGAACAGGAGCCCUAGCUAGCUACGACGCAUGCAUAUACCGCAUAGCCCCCGCGCGCGACCAACGGAGGAGUGCAGAGGGAAGGGAGGGAGACUGCCUUGUGAUGUGUCUAGAUGUAUCCCCGGCCGGCCUAUCGAUCCUAUCCUGCACUGCCCGUCCUUGCUUUCCUAGACGAGCUAGGAAACGGCAGCACAGGCUCGGAUCUUUUGAGCAUUUGACCCAGCCGGCUCCCCCCUUUCAAGUCCCAAACACGACUCCUCGCCUCGGCAGCAACAAGCAGAGCCGGAUGGACGGACGCCGCGCCGGCCGGCCGGCCGAUUCCCACUCGCCUCGCCCCGCCCCGCCCCGGUGGCGAUCGACAGCACCAGUCCAAUCAGAUCACCCGGGCCCCGCUGCUUCCGCACGGAAGCUGCCUUGCCUUGCCUAGCUGAGCUAGCCAGCUAGCUAGCUCGCGUGAGCGAACAGCCAGAGGCCACCGCUCGCUCUAUAAGUAGGCGCGAGCGACAAGCCAGAGCUGGUCGUGGUGCAACGCGUGCGCGAGGGCGAGGGCGAGGCGAUUAUUGGUGGGCGGCUUCUGCGCGCGCGGAGUCGGAGGGAGGCGGCAUGCAGCGGGGGGAUCCGCUGGUGGUGGGGCGGGUGAUCGGCGACGUGGUGGACCCCUUCGUGCGCCGGGUGCCGCUGCGGGUGGCGUACGCCGCGCGGGAGAUCUCCAACGGCUUCGAGCUCAGGCCCUCCGCCAUCGCCGAGCAGCCGCGCGUCGAGGUCGGCGGACCCGACAUGCGCACCUUCUACACCCUGGUGAUGGUGGAUCCGGAUGCUCCAAGCCCGAGCGAUCCCAGCCUCAGGGAGUACUUGCACUGGCUGGUCACCGACAUCCCGGCGACCACAGGAGUUUCUUUUGGGACUGAGGUUGUGUGCUACGAGAGCCCACGGCCGGUGCUCGGGAUCCACCGGCUGGUGUUUCUGCUCUUCCAACAGCUCGGCCGGCAGACGGUCUACGCCCCGGGGUGGCGGCAGAACUUCAGCACCCGCGACUUCGCCGAGCUCUACAACCUCGGCCCGCCGGUCGCCGCCGUCUACUUCAACUGCCAAAGGGAGUCGGGAACUGGUGGGAGAAGAAUGUGAACUCUACAUAAUAUGGGUGGGAUUAUAUGCAUGAUUGGUAUACACGCACGCCAAAAUUUAUGGAGAAAAAGAACUGUCAGAUGAAGUAUAUGGUUUCAUUUAUCAAUUACUGAUAUACAAGUCUUUGUUGAA